AUGGAAGCAAUCCUCGUCCAGAAAGCCAAUGCGGCCCCCGAUUCCACUGCAGUCGUGGAUGGUGACCGCAGCAUUAGCUACCGGGAACUAAUCGCGCGGGCCGACGUACUUGCUGAUCUACUAGACCAGCAGUCUCUGGAGCCCGAAAAGCCCGUCUGCAUUCUGGCCGACGCUGGGCUCCCCCAGGUCAUGGCUCAGGUUGCGGUCCUUCGUGCAGGAGGCAGCUGUGUCCCCAUCAAUCCGGCCGUGCCCGCGGACCGCCUCAAGGGGAUGCUGGAGGACCUGGACACCGGAUGA